AUGGGGAAAAAACAGAAGGGAAAUAAUAGUACAGGUUCAAUUAGUCCAUCUCGAAGCGUUAGUGGUGGCUUGUUACCAAUUCCUAGUACCCCACCUUGCAGCAAUGACUCCAGCUCUAAUUAUACUAGUUCUCAGAUUGCGUGGACUUCUCAUCAAAAAAUUAAGCAGAACCUCACUGAUGGCAAAGUUGUGGAAGUGACUACAAGUGGAGCAGAAAGUCCUAAACUUCCUAGAGUUCCUCCAGAAGUAAUGAGAACAACUAAGGAACGUCACCAGAAGGGGCUAAUGUCUCCGUGGAUAUAUCAACUACUUUCUCAGGUGAACUUGUUUGUGGAACUAAACUUGUUUUAA